CCACACAGAUAAAGUUCAGGAAGAGGAAACCAUGUGAAGUGUGUUAUAUUGCAACAUUUCAUCACACAGACACUUUGCCGUUCUCAUCGGGUGAAGACAUGAACAUUACUGAAGAGGGGCCAGAGCCACAGCCGCUUUACUCCGUGGUCUUUGGCUGUAUUCUAGCGCUGGGUCUGCCUCUUAAUGCCGUGUCACUGUGGACUCUGCUCAGACACCACAGCCUCAAAUCCUCCAGUGCCGUCUUCAUGGUGAACCUGGCAGUCUCAGACCUGCUGCUGGUGGUCUCUUUACCAAUGAGGGUCUACUACUACGCCACAGCCACCUGGCCUCUGGGCAAUUUGGUUUGCAACUUGAUUAUAAUGUUCUUUCGCAACAACAUCCGCUCCAGCGCCUUCUUCAUCACCUUCAUCAGCGUGGACCGGCUGCUGGCUGUGGUUUAUCCUCUGAGGUCACGCCACCUUCGGACCUCGUCUAACGCCUGGAAAGCUGCAGCGCUCGUUUGGCUGCUUGUGUUGGUGAUCAACAUCCCAGAGAGUAUGCAUUUUUCAAAGUUUUUAAAGGAGUUAAAUGGAUCUUCCUGUUUUGAAUUUAAAUUUCCUCCUAGAUCAUUGUUGUAUUACAUUCCGCCUGUGCUCGUGUUCACCAUGCUCGCCGUCAACAUGGUGUGCACGGCUCUGGUGUCUUGGACUCUUAGUAGACGCCUGAAUGACUCUGCCAGGGUCAACAACAAGGUGAAUGUCAUGCUGAUUUUCUUCUUGAACCUGGUUAUGUUCAUCAUAUGCUUCUUACCUCUGUCUGUUGGUAUACUUUCAACAAAUAAUCAGGUAACACCUUUAGUAUGUCUCGCCAGUGUGAACUGCUGCCUGGAUCCUUUGUUGUAUUACUUUUGUCUUGAUGCUUUCUGGAAGAAGAAAGAGGAUGUGGAUCUUCCAGGAGAACAGCAGUUAAAGGACAUACGUAAUGUGUCGGUUUGGAAUGAACAUUUGGCUUAAAUGUUUAAAGUGUGACAAAAAAAAUCUGUGAAACUUACAAUUGUUUAAAAUAUGCUUGUUAAUAGCUGCCAUAUUUUGUGUACCUGUGUACUGUAGUUCCACGAUUGUUACAUGUUGAAUCAAAAAAUUCUCAUGCAAAAGUAUGAAAAAUGUAUUUGAACUCCACCCAAACAACUUCAUGACCACAAAUGAUUUACAUAGAGGCCAUCUCCUGAGCAAGAUAAGGACUGAUCUCACUGUCAUGUCUGCACAGUAACUAUCAAUCUGGAGCACUGAAGACUGAAAACAACGCAGCUUGCCACAUAGAUGUGAAUGCAUUAAUGAGACUGAGUUGGGAACCGGAAGAUCGCCGGUUCAAGUCCCAAUAUGGACAACCAUGUCUGGAAAUUGGUCUGGUAGCUGGAACCGACCCCCAAUCCCCCUACCAGCUCAGGAGCGCUUACUGUGGCCGCCCCCUCACUCUGACAUCUCUCCAUCAGUGCAUGUCCAACAGAACUUGUUUGUGCGUGUGUGUGUGUGUGUGUGUAGCAUGUUCAACAACAGUGUAAACUGAAUUUCUUGUGUGAUUAAUAAAGUAUA